GCGGAGGAGGAGGACUCGAAAAAUGAAAAGAAAAGUUUAUUACAGCGAAUGUUGACUUCUAUUAAUGAAGAGCGAAAAAGAAGCAAAGAAGAUCCAGAGGUUAUAGAAAAAAUUGAUGAUGGAUCCUUUGAGUUUGUGGCUGUGAAUAGGUUUUGGACUGAUUUAUUUACUGAAUAUUUUCUGGAAUCUGAAGGAACAGAAGAGGAAAAGCGAGAUGACAUGUUAUUUUAUGUUCGUAAAAAUCAACAAGAAAAGGGGAAGCCUUCAACACUGCAGCCUGAGAUAGAAGUUUAUCGCUGGGUAUCUAAAAAUAAACCAUCUAUAAAUGAUGGUAAUAUAGACUGGGAAGAAACUGUUUAUUUAAAUAUUAUAUUACAUCAAUUUGAAUAUACUGUCACCUGUGCUAUUUGCACCAGAACUAGUGAUAAAGACUUACAAAUAUUACGCAAAUUCUCACAGCGUGUUUAUCCUUCACCCAGUAAACGAGAAAUGUCUGGUAAGGGUACAGAAGAAAAAAUUACUUACCCUAAUAUAUUCUUUACUGUUGAUAAUUUUGAAGAGGCCUUCCAAGAUAUAGUAGUAAGAGAUAGUGAGAGUGUAGUAGUAGAAUUAGUAGCUAGUGAUAAGGAUGGAGAUCAUCAGGGUGUUAUAUUUCUUGGUUCAGUUAAAUAUGAUGCUUUAAAAAAGGUGUAUGAUGGCAAGCUAAGUUUGUCAUCCAAAAUGGCAUCCAGAAUGACACUAGGUUGGUUACAGAAUAAUAAUAAACGUGUAGAGUUUUUACGUAUGAGAGGACCCCAUGGUAAAGGUCAUGCUGAGAUGGCUGUCAGUAGAGUC